CAUUGAAUAAUAGUCAUCCAAGUUUGCAACUAAGGGGAAGGAAUUAGCAGUGCAAGUUUGGUAUUUUACUUUGGAAGAAAACAGAAAAAAAGUAAGAGGGAUGUGAGUGGGCAAAGAUUCCCAAGAACAUUAUACCUCUAAAAAUUGCGGUAUCACAACAGGGAGUUUUGUUUCUCGGAAUUCAAAUGCUUUGCAACCGGGAAAGGUAGAGAUACCAAAACCUUCCCCAGCAGAUUGAACUUCGAAUUCCACAAAAUAAAUUUAAACAAAAAUCAAAUACCUAAAUCCCUCAAUUCAAAAGCAGAGUCAAAUUACCUCAUAAUUUCGAAGAAAAAUCGCCGCCGGAUGUUGACGGCCUCACGAAAUCCCCAAUCUCCAACCGCCCAAUGCCACCGAAACUGAUCUCCGACGCAAAGCGCCGCACUCAUCCUCUCGUUUGGCUCGCCGCCCUGCUCUGUACUGUAGUUUCGAUCGCCGUCAUAAUCGGAGGCAUCGUCAUCUUCAUCGGUUACCUAGUGAUCCACCCUAGGGUUCCGAUGAUCGGCGUUAUCGACGCUCAUCUCGAUAACUUCCAGAACGACAUCGCCGGGCGUCUGGAAGUUCAAUUGACGGUGGUGGUGAAGGCGGAGAACGAUAACGCGAAAGCGCAUGCGAGUUUCUCCGAUACGAGUUUCUUCCUCCAUUUCCUAGGGAUUAAGAUCGCGCAGCUCGUGGCGAGGGAUUUCGAUGUGAGGAAGAACAGUUCUCUGAUGCUGCCUUACGUAGUGCCUUCGAAUUCGAUUCCUCUGACGCCGGAGCAGAUGGAGGAAGUGGAUUACGCGUUGAAGUCGGAUGUGAGCCGGUUCGAUUUGAUCGGGGAUACGAGAGUUCAAUGGCGCGUUGGAUUGCUUGGAUCUGUUAAGUACAGGUGCCAUCUUCAUUGCGUGCUUAAAUUUCAUCCUUCUAAUGGAACUUACUUCAGUCCGCCUUGCAGCUCCAGAGCUAAAUAAUUUCUCCCCUGUUCUUUAGGAUCAUCCUUUUCCUCCAUUUCAAACCAAUUUGGAUUAGCGGAAAUAAAAAUUUCAAAUAAUUUCAUGAGACAUUUUCCUUCUGUUUCUUG